AUUGCUGCACAGGUAACAAACUCUUUGUUUCUAUGCCAUGAUAAUCUUGUAUGUUCUUCAAAUUUUUGAAUAAUUCAUUUGUUGAGAAAUAGUUUUCAUUGGACUUGAGGCAAUAAAAUAUGUUUAUGUUUUUUAUUCUUGUGAAUGACUAUGUGUGAUUUUAUUUUAGAUUUCCUAAGUUGCUUAUUUUUAUGAUAGAUGGCAACUAAUGUUGACAUUAGUGACUCAAAGCUUUGGCCUGAUUUUGUAACUAAAGCUUUCAUUGACAUUAUGGUUGAUGAAGUUACAAAAGGAAAUAUGCCAAAUGGUGUAUUUCAUAAUAGAACAUGGACCUCAAUGACUACUAAGUUGAGUUCCAUAACUAAUCGAUCAUUUAAAGCCGGACAACUAAAGGCAAAAAUGCAUAGGUUGCGGGCCAUGUAUCGUGAGUUCUAUUCACUCUUGCAAAAUACCGGAUUUGGGUGGAACGCAGAAACAAACACAGUUACUGCAAGUGAAGAGGUCUGGAGAAAUUAUCUUAAGGUACAUGAUAAAGCUUCUCAAUUUCAAAAGAAAGGGUGUGAUCAUUAUAAGUUGUUGGAAAUCAUAUUCAACAAAAAUAAUACAACUGGAUUACUUCAUCAUUCAUCUACUCAAGACCCUCCAAAUACAAAUGAAGAAAAUGAGCUUGACAAUCAAUACCUUAACAAUGGGAGUGCGAGUCAUGUACGUGUUAAUGGUGAUAGUUCAGACGAUGAUCUACAUGAAGUUGAG